CCGCGUCUGUUUCCAUCCGCUGUCUCUCUCGCGUCUCGUUCGUCCUAUCCAGCCAUUCCCACUCUGUCUGAGCUCAUCGUCGAAACCCUAGAAUUCGCCUGGAGUCUUCUGUAAAAAGGAGAUUUCAUUUCAAGCUGUUAGGGAUGGAUUGCUCGAAGAGAUCUCCAGCCGAUUGAUUGAAGAUUCAAGCGUUCGUCUCCCCCGCUCUCUGUCGCUGAUCGGAUCGGCUGUGCGAGCCUCGGUGCUUCGGUGGAUUACCUUCGGAUUUGACCCGAAUUGGAUGUUCUGGAGGCUCGUUGAAGCGUUCCCUUCCUGAUUUAGCGAAGAUCUAUUGAUUAUUGAUCCGAUCGAACUGAUUAUCCGGAAGGAGAAGGGUUUGGAUCGUCGCCUGGAGAUGAGAUUCGAAGUUCUUAGUUGACGGAGGAUUUGCGUGCUUUAGGUCUGCGAGAAGCUUCAAGGACGCCUGAUUGGCCCGAUCGUUGUUGUUUGCUCCCAAGGAGGAGAGAUAGAGAAAGAAGUGUCAUCCCUUUCUGUACUUAUUGUUUUCUCUUGUUUUUCAAUAUAAAGUUGAAUACAGGCCCUAUUUUUUUUUUUUUGAGAGGCCUUGAUGAUUAUCCCUUCGGCUUAAGGCGAUAUUGCUGCUUGUUGAUUCCCAUAUUGGUUUGAAGAAGGAAAACAAAAAAACAAAAAAAAAACAAGUUCUUUUCUUUUGCUUGCCAUGGCGGUAUACUAUAAAUUUAAGAGUGCAAGAGAUUACGAUUCAGUUCCAAUGGAUGGUCCCUUUAUAUCGGUUGGUGCCCUGAAAGAAAAAAUUUUCGAAACGAAGCAUUUGGGCAGGGGCACUGAUUUCGACCUGGUGGUCACUAACGCCCAAACUAAUGAAGAGUAUCUGGAUGAAGCAAUGUUGAUACCCAAAAACACGUCUGUUUUAAUUCGUCGAGUUCCAGGGAGGCCUCGCAUGCCCAUUGUCACUGAACAAGAGCCGAAGGUGGAGAAUAAGGUCGAAGAUGUUCAACCUGGGAAGGGUAGCAUUUUAGGUCCUGAUUCCUCCUCAAUGAAAUAUCAAGAAGAUUCUGAAUGGGAUGAGUUUGGCAAUGAUCUAUAUGCAAUUCCUGAAGUGCUUCCAGUUCAAUCAAGUAAUCCGGUUCCAGAGAUUGCACCUACCAAUAAAGCUGAUGAAGAAAAUAAACUGAAAGCUUUGAUUAAUACCCCCGCACUAGACUGGCAGCGUCAAGGUGCUGAUGGAUUUGGCCCGGGUAGAGGUUUUGGAAGAGGAAUGGGUGGACGUAUGGGAGGACGUGGUUUCGGUUUGGAGCGGAAAACACCUCCAAAGGGCUAUGUGUGCCACAGGUGCAAUGUUUCUGGGCACUUUAUUCAGCAUUGUCCUACCAAUGGCGAUCCAAACUAUGACAUCAAAAGAGUGAAGCCACCUACUGGCAUUCCAAAGUCUAUGCUGAUGGCUACUCCAGAUGGCUCAUAUGCAUUGCCAAGUGGGGUUGUUGCUACAUUGAAGCCUAAUGAGGCUGCUUUUGAGAAGGAAAUUGAAGGAUUACCAUCAACGCGAUCUAUUGGCGAGCUUCCUCCUGAAUUACACUGCCCAUUGUGCAAAGAAGUAAUGAAGGAUGCUGUGCUGACUAGCAAGUGUUGUUUCAAUAGUUUUUGUGAUAAAUGUAUAAGGGAUCACAUAAUUUCGAAGGCAAUGUGCGUCUGUGGGGCCACUAAUAUACUGGCGGACGAUCUUCUACCAAAUAAGACACUCCGAGAUACAAUCAAUCGCAUUUUGGAGUCUGGUAACAGUAGUGCAGAAAAUGCAGGAAGUGCCUUUCAGGUUCAAGAUAUGGAAUCUGCUAGAGGUCCACAACCCAAGAUCCCAUCCCCUACACUGUCUUCUGCAUCAAAGGGAAAUCAGCAACAACUGUCGACGAAGAUUGAAGAAAAUCAAGAUGUAAAUGUUGCUGCAGAUGAGGUCAAAAUGUCUGCUGCUCCUCAGCAUAUGUCAGAUAAAGGGAUGAAUGCUAAAGUACCUGAUGUCUCUGAAGCUACACGUGAGUCUAUGAGUGUGCGAGAGGUCACAUCCCAAGGUAGUGCUAAAGUGGCUGACGAAGAAGUGCAGCAGAAAGUGGCCUCUGGCGAAGCAGCGAAGAAGAAGAAAAAGAAGAAAGUUCGUGCACCUGCUAAUGACAUGCAAUGGAGAACACCACAGGAUCUCGCUGCUGAGAACUACAUGAUGCCUCUUGGACCCUCUGGUUUUAACCCAUAUUGGAAUGGCAUGCAGCCUGGAAUGGACGGAUUCAUGGGUCCUUAUGCUAAUGCCAUGCCUUAUAAUAUGGGGUAUGGGAUGGGCCCUCUAGACAUGCCAUUUGGAGUGAUGCCUCCUCAGGAUCCUUUUGCUUCUCAAGCUUAUAUGAAUAUGAUGCCUCCUGUUCCUCAAAGGGAUCUUGCCCCAUUUGGUAUGGGUAUGAAUAUGAAUGGCCCACGUCCUCCAAUCAUGAGCAGAGAGGAGUUUGAGGCUCGAAAAGCAGAUCUAAGGAGGAAGCGCGAAAAUGAGAGCCGAGGAGAAAGGAGGGAGAUGCCCAGAGAGAGGGACUACGGUCGGGAUAUGGGCAGUGCUGGUGAUAGUUCUUCCUUCAUGAAAUCAAAAGUGCAGAAGUCAAUUGUCAGUGCUCCGAGUGAUCAUCUCCACCAUCGUCAUCGGGCUGAGAGGCCAUCGCCGGAUAGGUCCACAGACAAUCUCGAACCAUCCCACCGUGGGGUGAAAAGGAAAUCUUCGUCGGAGCGCCGGGACCGUGAGAGAGAACGUGGAGACCAUGACUACUAUGAGAGUCACCACGAUCACCACCACAGCAGGUCAGAGCCUUCAAAGAGGCCACCAUCUGCAGAUCCCGCCAAGCCUACGCCCUCCUCUUCAGCCGCCGCAGCAGCAGCAGCAGCAGCAUUAGAUCGUAAGCAGAAGGCUAGCGUCUUCUCUCGCAUUAGCUUCCCCGAGAAUGAGCCUACAAAGAAGCGGAAGGUGUCAUCUUCUUCCUCAGCUGAGCCCCCACCAGUUGGCGGUUCAGGCUCCCACCACCACAAGGCUUCCUCAGCUUCUAAUGGGUACUACGAUGACCCUAAAUCUUCCUCAGUGAAGCCAAUGUCAACUUCUGUUUCUGGGUCAGGAGGGAGGAAGGCUAGUAGCAGCCAAGUGGACUAUGAAUCGAGUGAUGAUGAGAGACACUUCAAGAGGAAGCCAUCAAGGUACGAGCCAUCUCCUCCCCCACAACCGGCAGACUGGGAGGAGGAAGAACGGCGGCACUCUCGUGGCUCGAGGGAAAGGGAUCGCGAGCGGGACCGAAGUAGUGGGCACAGCAAGCGUAGAUAAAUGGGUCGAGGAAUCAGGUUUCUUCAGGUCGCUCCUAUGCAGAAUGAGAGCGGCUCAGGAUUGUCUCUGAGUUGUACUGCACCUCGCGACACCCUUUGAUGCCCGUGUGGAAGAAAUUGAAGCUAGAAGAUGAAACCAUAAACGAGUGUAUUUUUUCCGUGAAAUAAAGUGUACAUUUUCGCUCUUUUUAAUCAACAAUGAAAUCCGAUCUGUAUUUUAAUGGAUGAGCAAUCGAGGGUGUCGUUUUCCCAAUUGCACCCUCUUAAGUAAAUGGGGCAAAUCUUGUUAAAA